AUGGCCAGUGACAUGAACAUGGACGAAACCAGUGACGGAUCUACUGAGCCUACCCAUUCCCGCGAUAUGACCGCGGCCGGCCACUCUACUGCAGUGUAUACACCAGAGGGGGCCUCACGGCUGCGGGAUAACGGUGUUGCUCACACUACUGCUACAGUGGUCGAAGCUACGGUCGAGCAGAGGCUUUAUAAAUAUCGCAACGGAGGAUUACUCGCUUCACAAUGA